AUGGCCACCCCCAACAAGCAGUCGAAAGCUGCUGACACCUCAUCGCCGAACAAAGGUAGAGGGAAGAGGCAGGGCAACAACUCGCCGAAGAAAAAAGAGAAGGCGCACACAACGAAACUCGAGGACACUUCCACCAAGACCCAGGGUCAACACGAGAAAGCAGCAAACAAGCCCAAAGGCUCCAGCCCAAAGACGAAGAGCCCUCAGAAGCACAACAGCCCGACCAAGCCCCCUGCGGACUCAGGUGACUCCUCCACCAGGAGACCUACUCUCAGCCGUGCAUACACAAGUCCCAUGAAGAACAGGUACAACAUCCACGGCCAAAUUCUCUGCAAAUAUUGGCAGACGAAGGGCGGAUGUAAUCAUGGCGAUGCUUGUCAGUUCCUACACGAGUCAGCCGACGGCGGAAGCAGUGCCACAGUCGAAGCACAUGCGAGCACGGCUGGCGCAGAUCAGACACCCAGAUCUCAAGCGACACCCUUCGUCUCCGAGGGCCGAACUUGCUACUCCUGUGGUGCGCUCGGACAUCUCAGUAAAGACUGCCCAGGCGUGCCCGCCGUCACACCGGCCCAGCAGCUCAACGGCGACGUCAGCAAAAUCCUCGCCGCAAACUCCCUCAUCACCCUCGAAGACGAAGAAGCCUUCUUCACAUCCCUCGAACACACCAACAGCCAAGCCUUCACCGACCAUCAAAUCCACGGAAAACUCUCCGAGACCACAAUCCGUAAUCUCCUCCAGCACGCAUUCGCCGUGCGCCAGGCCUCGCAGGAGGCUAUGAAGCUUGCCCCGCAGACUGGUCAGACCGAGGACUACGAGAAGGCAGCUUCGCUAGAUGAGCUGGCGAAGGAGAUUUUGAAUACGCCGGGUCUUCCUCUGGAUUUGAAGAUGAGGGAGAGGGUCGUUGAGGUGGCUGCGAGGGGUUUUGGGUGA